AUGUGUAGCGUUGGAGACGAUUUCGAUAAUCAAACGGAAAAGUUGAUGCAAAAAGCAACAUUAACGAAAUUGUCUGAUACAUGCAACAAAUGUAGAGCAGAAAAGCCUUGCAUUGUUCUCAGGGGAAAAGAUACGUAUUGUAAAAAUUGUUUCUUGAUUAACACCGUUCACAAAUUUAAAGCAUCCCUUGGAAAAUCCCGACUAAUUCACCUGAACGAUCGAGUGCUGGUUUGGUAUCAGAUUGGCCAUCCGAGUGUUGCAUUAUUGCAUUUCCUGAGAACGGGAUUAGACUUGUCGACUCCUAAAAAACUUCGUUUCCAUCCGAUCAUUUUAUUUGUAUAUGACCAGUAUCAACUCAACAAUAAAGAGGGAAAGGAACUUAUAGAGAAUGCUAAAAGGAUUGUAUCUUCGUUUGGAUUCGAUUGCAAUUUCAUUUCGUUUGCCGAUUAUGUUUCAAAUCCGGAAAAUGUACCAAAUUUACUUAAUUCUGAAUCGUUGUUUGCUGAAAAUGACAUAGAAAAAUUAAAUUUGGUAAUACAUAAAACUUCAUCAAGAACUAAUAGGAACGAUAUAAAAUCCUUGCUGAGAAAGAAAUUGUUAAUAGAUGUAGCGAAGUAUUGGAAAUGCAAAUUCGUUUUUACACCAGAAAUAUCAAUCGAUAUUGCUUCAAAUUUAUUAUCAAACAUAUCAUUAGGAAGAGGAUCUCACGUUUCCAUUGAUACAGGAUUUUGCGACGACAGAGACGACGAAGUUAGAAUUCUCAAACCGCUGAGACAGUUCGAUAUGAAAGAGCUGGCCUUGUACAACAAUUUCAACAGGCUCGAAUCAUUAUCGGUGAGAAAAAGCGCAGUCAAUCCUUACUCUUCCGUUCAAGAUUUAAUGGCAAAGUUUGUGAUCGAACUGCAAAAAGAUUUUCCUGCCACAGUCACGACGAUCGUGAAAACAGGAGACAAAUUGAGCCUGGAUAAAAACGCAGAAGUUAAAUGUAAAUUGUGUAAAGGACCUGUAAGUGUUUCUGACGAUUUGGUAACGUCUCAACAGUCUACAAAUUUUUCGAGAUUUGUUUCUAAUGAAUUAGUCGAUUGUAAUAAAUCCAGGCAAGAGCGUUUUAGUACUAUUUGCAAUAAAUUUGAUCAAACUAACAACGAGAACGAAUUACUCUGUUACUCUUGUACGCGAAUUUAUGGUAAUUUUAUGUUAUAA